CCCAGCCCAAAACUAGCCGUAUCCCACCUCAAAAUCAUACAAUGGACGUCCUCAAGUCAGUCAAUGUCGCUGCCGUUCAAAGCACCUGGGCCAUCGUCAAGGCGGACCUUAACACUCACGCACCCAAAUUCUACGUAGCACUGUUGACUGCUCAUCCGGAAUACCAGCCCAUGUUCCCGACCAUUGCCAAUGUUCCAGCCGGCGAGCUGUUGAACAAUGCUGCCCUCAAGACCCUGUCUGUCAAUGUCCUGACCAAAUUGUCGGAACUCAUCGACGGUAUGAGCAACCCGGAUGGUCUGAACGCUCAAUUGGUUGAAUUGGCCAAGCAGCACAAGAAUCGCGGAACAACUCGCACCCAUUUUGACAACUUGGCCAAAGUGUUGGUGGAUUUCUUGGCUGCCAAUCUUGGAGCCGCUUUUACUCCGGAUGCUAAACAAGCCUGGACGGCCACCAUGCAAGGCAUCAACACAGUCGUCGAGGCUAAUGCUUGAAGAAAACCAGAAAAUAUGUUACCAUUCAAUAUGCAAUGCACUGAUUAAAGUAGCACCCAGAACAAAUAUAGUUUUGGAUACAGGGUAAAUAACAAAAAAAAUAAAAAAAAUUGAAAAAUAA